AUGCACAAUGACUUCCUAAAACACUGCCUACACAUUCCACUGGUACUACUUCUCUUAUGUAACAUAACAUACGGUAAGGUUUUUUUUUAAUUUUGAUAGAUUUUUAAUGGAAAAAACGGCAUUUUUUACAAUUUUUGAGGUGUUUUGGUCUUUUUUAGGCUUAUUUUAUGGGUUUUAGGGUUGUUUUAGGGUUUUCUAGGCCUGUUUAAGCGCUUGUUUUUGCAGCUUAUUUCAGAAUUUUUAGGCUUGUUUUAAUGCUUUUAGGCUUCUUUCAGUGCUUUUAAAGCUUGUUUUGGAGUUUUUUAGGCUUGUUAUAGAGCUUUUAGACUUGUUUUAGUGCUUUUAGGUUUGUUUUACCGCUUUUUAGGCUAGUUCUGAUUAUUAUUUUUUUACAUUUCUUAACUAUUUUUUUCAUGUUCUUUCUCAUUUUAGCCUUCUUCCUCUCAUGCACGCAUCUCAAAACCCGCUGCAUGAACUCGAUAGCAUGUCGUACUCGACACAACGCCCUCAACAAUAAUUGCUUCGAUUGUGGUGAGUUGACAUUCCAUCCUUCUUAAAUUGUUUUUUAAGCAAAUGCCUCGUCUAAUUUGGCCAAUCUCUUGGCAUUGCGUCAACAAUUUGGACACGACACAACAUGUCAUUGUCAUGGUAAGUGAGAAGGCGGCGAAAUUAGAAAAAACAUAUUAAAAAUAAGUUUAAAAAAAUUUUUUUUGAAAAAUUUUAGUUUUGAAAAAAGUUUGAAUGAUUUUUUCAAAAUCGAUUAAAUUUUUGACAUUCGUUACAUUUGUAAAAAUUUUUUAAUUAUUUUUGUGACAUUUCGCUAAACUCUUUUUUAAAACCCUAAAUUAAAAAAAAUUUUUAAAAAUUAGGUAAAAGACGCACUCCGGGCCAUGGACAAAAAAGGUUUUUAGGUAUUCACUCAACAUACGACUGUAUAGCAUUCAAAGAAGAGAUUUGGCAGAAUCCAUGUGAAGAGCGAUGGAAACAGUGCUUGAAACGUUCACAUAAAGAUGCCAACAAACGUACUACACGGUCGCCAAACUCUGACAAAAUUCAACAAUGGCGAAAUGAGCUUAGCUAUCGUGAGUUUCAGCUUUUAUGCGAUAUUGUUUUAGUAUGAGGUAACUUGGCAUAGUAAGAUAUGCCUACCACAAUAUCUUUUUAUCUAAUUUUUUUUAUUUAGUAAGGCUUUAUAGGGAUAUAAAAUGCAUUUCUAUUACUUUAUUUACAAUGUCGUUUAAAUUCAAAUUGUUGAUGUUACAGUAGUGGCAGUUGCUAUUGAUCUUUUAGAACUUCCAUCUCAACUAACUGCCUUAUCGCAAGUUUCAUGUAAUCAAGCUUUGCAUGAAGUUUGUCUGAAGCACAUAUCAUGCCGAGAGCUUUGGAAAUUGUUCCGAGAAACUUGUACUGUAGAUGAACAGAAUGUCUGUAGGAUGACUAAUCGGUAAGAAACUUUAAAUUAUUAAAAAAAGUUGUCAAUGCCAUUUUUUAAUUUUAUUUUUUUUUAUUUGAAAACGCAGAAUUUACAAUCAUAUUUUUGAUACAAUUUUUUUAAAAAAGCAAUAAAACUUGUGACACUUCGUCUCAAAAAUCAAUAAAAUUUUCGACAUUUCGUCAUUUUCAAGAUUUAUCAAAAUAAGCUAUAUUUUCUACAAAAAUUGAUUUUUAUAUUUGAAUUUUGCUUUUUAAACCCAUUUUAUUACAGAAAUGACUGUUGGCAAUCGUUUGAAGGGAUCAGCUGGACGGGCCUGGGUAAUUGUUCGUGUACAACAAACAACUCGGACUGCCAUUGGAUUCGAUUGCAGACAAAUUACAACAAGUGCAUUUGUAAGUUUGUUUUUGGGGUUUUAACUUUGGUUUUAAACAGUUUUUUUUAAGAAAGUAGCUUGCUUCUAACAGGUACUGAAAUAAAUUUUGUUACCUAAAAUAUUUUUUUUUUUAAUUUAAAUUUUUUUUGAAUUUUAGACGAAAUAGCGACGUCAGGGGACAUUCCAAAGACAGUAUCAGUUCAAAUUCCUAUUGUUUCGACCACAAAGAUUACUCCGUAUUGGGUAGCAGCAACAACUCCUCAACCAUAUUACCAUGUGAAUCAUUACACCACCAUAUCUGUCGACACAUAUCAACGAGAAGUUGGUGAGACUUUCUAUUUUCUAACCUUUAUUUUAUGACAUUUUUAAGGCUUUUAAAUUUAAACAAAAAAAUAACUUGUUUUAGGCUUUAAACAUUAACAUUAAGUUUUUCAAAUUAUUCUGUGCCCUAUGUUCUAAAGAUUUGUUUUAAAAUGGGGCACAGAAUUAUUUGAACAACCUAAUACUAUAAAUUUUUCAAAAGUUUUUUUGAAAUAACUUAAAAUUUUCAGCCCGCAGGGAACAAGAACGCCUACAACACGCCGAACGUCUUCGACGGUACGAAGAGCAGCGCCGCCGCUGGGAAGAACAGAAUCGUCGUAACUCAGCAACAACAGCAGCAACAUUUCUUGCGACAACUCCAAACUAUUACAACCACAACAAUAAUCGUAAUGCUCAAUAUAGAGUGGUAGCCAAACAUUAUACUCAAAGCAACGCUGACUACUAUCAGCAACAUGGCAUGACAACGCCGGCAACUUUGCCAAGUAAUGGAGUUGUUUAUACUACUGGGGUUUAUGAUAGACAGAGUGGUAGUAGGAAUGGGUAUAAUGAUGGUAAAAAUGGCUACAGUGAUAGUAGGUACAGUCAUACUGACAGUAGAAAUACUCAUAAAGAUACCUGGACGGUUAGGGCUACAACUACAGUAAGACCAUAUGUUGUGUAUACUACUAGUAGUACUAGUACGACUACAGAGGCUACUACUACAAGUACUAUCGUUACUAUAACAACUACUGAAAAGACUACGAGUACUAGUACUACUACAGCAGAGCCGACUACUACGAGUACUACAACUGAAGAGCCGAUUACUACAGAGUACGGUAGUGUUUGUUUUGAUACAAAAAAAACUUUAUAAGUUUUAAAAAUGGUUUGAAAUUUAAAAUUUUUGCCUAAAAAUACAUUUUGUUAUUUAAUUUUUAAAAAAGUUGCUGCAACUUUUAAACCAGGCUAAAGGCAAGCUUCUUCAGAUUACUAUAAGAUGAUACGUUAUAAAACAAAACUUCGUUUACAAAAAAUUAAAAAUUGAAUUUUAGCGAACCUCCGUCAACAGUACCAUCAAAACCAGCCGGUCGAGCCCCACCACCACUUCAUAAAUUGUUGUCAAAGAUUGUCGAAAAACCGACCGAUCCACCAUUAGAAGAGAACGAAACACUGACAGAAGACGAGACUGGAGCCUACAGAGAAGAAGGAAUCAUGUUGAACAGAUGGCGACAGAGCAGUGUUAUGGAGGGCUUUACAGGUAUGGAAACAGCUUUUGAUUUAUGA